AUGAGUGAAGAAGUUAAAUUUUCGCCGGAAACUAAAGUAAAUAUACCUACCGAAUCUUAUGUUUCCCCAAAAAACAAUCCCAAAAUCAACUCUCCGAAGCUCUAUCCAUUAAAGAAAAUGCUAUUGAAAGAAAAGUUUAAAGAGGUUAUUAACAAAUUAACUAUGCAUUUCACUGAUUCUCCAAAGGUAGAUCUAUAUUUUAGCGUAGAUAAGGAGGGUGGGCAUCAGACUGACACUUAUUGGGUUUUCGAUUCACAUUGUUCACUAUGUAAAGAAAAUCAUAUGAGUUUGAAAGAUCCAGGGAUUCCAUUCGAUGAGGUACUAGAAGCCUAUCCCGAAAAUUCCAAAUUAAUUCAGGAGUUAAAGACUCAAUUCUUCACAUCACCUAUUCCUUGGAAUAAUGCACUUAAAUUUCUAAAUAAAAGCAUAACAGUGGAGGCAUGA